UCGUGGCCGGAGGUCAGUUGUGGGGAGUCGUUCCUUGAAUCCGGCCGUGCGGUGCAGUUGCUGAUCGGAGCAGACAUGCCGACCUUCGUGUUGAACACAAACCUGAGUCGCUCCACCAUCCCGGACGUGCUGGCGGAGGAGUUGACGGCGGUGCUGUCCAAGGAGCUGGGCAAACCCAAGCAGUACAUUGCAGUGCACAUUGUGCCCGACCAGAUCCUUCAUUUUGCGGGAUCCUCUGAGCCCUGUGCUCUCGGGAGCCUCUCCAGCAUUGGCAAAAUCGGCAACAAGCAGAACAAAAACUACUCCAAGGUGCUGUUCGACCUGGUAAACAAGCACCUACAUAUUUCUCCAGACAGGAUGUACAUCGUCUUCCAUGACCUGGAUGCUGCUAAUGUUGGCUGGAAUAGCAACACCUUUGCUUAGGUGCUGAUUCAGAACAUUCCUGAAUGAUCAAUGUAUUAAACUUGUGGUUUGUGUCUUCAUCAGUAUCAAUGGCCAUGGAGCCAGAGAGAAGAUUCAUGAAAUUAUGUCUCAUUUCUGUUUUAACAAUAAAGUAGAUUCAACAAA